UAAGAAAAUUCCAGAUCGACAUUGUAUAUAUACAGAUAUAUUCUGUUAAAUAAAAUAUAGUGGUAUAUGUAUGUACAUACAAAAACUGAAUAAAUGUAAAUUUAAAGUAGUAUAAACAUAUAAAACGAUUAUAAAUAUUUUUUUAUAUAUGAUAUUUUUAUUAUGAUUAUUUUUAAAUUGUUAUAACUAUGUUAAAAAAUUAGUUUUAAAAAUGGUGAAAUUUACCGAAACAAAUAUUAUUAAUGAAACAUCUUCUAACCUAAACUAUUAUGAUUAUAAUAAAACAAGAUCUAACCUACCGUUUCAAAUAGCUUUAUAUUUGAAUUUAUGGCUUUUUCCAAUUUGGCUGAUAAUUAGUAUAAUAAACUUGGAUGCAAAAUACAAUAAUUUAACAAAUAUUUAUAAAUUGAUAGCUGUAACAAUAUUUUUGAUACUUUCAAUUUUUGAAAGUUUAAAAUUAUAUUUGGGAUAUGCAGGAAAUCUUAUUGGAAAGAUUCCAGAAUUAACUAGUUGCUGGUUAAUUUCAAUAUUGAUACAACUUCCCCUAGAGAUGUAUCUUCUAUUUGAUUAUUGGAUUUUAUUUCAUUAUAGUGAAAUAUUUGUCAAUUUUCUUAUGAUUUGCCUUCUUUUUAUUGAAAUUAUUACAGGUAUGAUUGCCUUGAAAAAUUUGGCAAAUCAUCGUGCUAAAGUAUUUUAUUUAAUGCAUUUAUAUAGUACAAAUGAUGGACGGUAAUUUGUCUUCUAAAAUAAAUAUAUAUAGAACAUAAUUUUUAUAUUAAAAUAUAAAUAUCUGAUUUUUUGUUUGGUAAAAAUUUCUAAUCAAUCAAUACCUAAUAUAUAUAGGUAGCCUAUUUAAUUAAUAAUGUCUUAUAUCAUGAUUAUGUAUCAAGAUUGUGAGUUUUAUAAAACAACUGUAUUACUGAUACAUUUUUUCGUAAACGCAUUAAAUAUGUUUCUAUAUUGUUGAUAAUAAUAUCAUUUUCAAUAUUUUGUUUAUUGGUAAGUGCUUGUAAAAGUUGCAAACGUGUAGGAACCAUUCGUGAGAGUAGCUGUUAACAAAAAAUUAAAAAUUAAUAUGACAUUAACA